GAUUGUUUUGAUGGGAUGGUGGAGCCAUCUUGUUUUACAUCCGUCCUGAGCCAGAGGAAAGAGCCGUGGAGUACGAUGCGAUAUCUCGAUCAUAGCUAACUUAAAUACACACAUAGCAGCUCGUUUCCUAUCGGCGUAACAUGCACACAACAAACAGACAUUGUGCAUGUUAAUGUAUUUUUCAACAUCGUCUCCGGUGGCAUAAGUGCAUUUCUCUCACUCUCUCUCUCCACAUUUUCUCCGGUGUGAGCUACUAUGAAUGGAGGCUAAAUGUUGCCGAAGACUGACAGCGGUGGUUUUGUGCUUUUCCUCUUUAUUCUAACACUUACAGAUCCGCCACGGACAGGUUCACAGCUCGCUCUGGCCAGACUGCUGUCAGAGCUGCGAUGUAGUCCGAACCAGUUUGCCUGCCGGAGUGGAAAAUUGCAGUGCAUUCCUCAGUCCUGGCAGUGUGACGGAUGGACGGCCUGUGAGGACAAAAGUGAUGAGAUAGAUUGCCCUACAAUCAAAGAAGAGCGAUAUCGAUAUAACAACGGGUACGAGCCGGUGGAGGAUGUUAUGGGUGUCGCGCAGCCGAUUCGCUUCAACAAGAAGUGUCCGAGCGGAUGGCACCAUUACGAAAAAACAGCCAGCUGUUACAAAGUCUAUCUGAGAAGCGAGAACUACUGGCAGGCGGUGGAAACCUGUCAGAAGGUCAACGCCUCCCUCGCUACUUUCAGCACCAACGAGGAGCUACAGUUCGUCCUGAAGAUAGAAGUGGACUUUGAUGAAAAAGUGUGUGAACGAAAGGACCAGUGCAAGUUCUGGGUGGGAUAUCAGUACGUGAUCACCAACCAGAAUCAUUCUCUGGAGGGCCGAUGGGAGGUGGCGUACAAAGCAGGAUCAAUCCAGGUGUUUCUUCCUCCGGAGGGUCUGGCUAACUUCGGCGAGGCCAACCCCACCCAAGACAACGUGUUCUGUGCCCAGCUGCAGCGCUUUCAGAUUAAGAGCAUGAACGAGCGAGGCUUGCACAGCUGGCAUGCCGAAAACUGCUACAAGAAAUUCCCUUUCCUCUGCAAGAGAAGACAAACAUGUGUUGACAUCAAAGACAACGUGGUGAGCGAGGGCUAUUAUUUCACACCCAAAGGGGACGACCCCUGUCUGAGCUGCACGUGUCACGACGGUGAGCCGGAGAUGUGUGUGGCCGCGCUGUGUGAACGCCCACAGGGAUGUCAGCAUUUCCGAAAGGACCCCAAAGAGUGCUGCAGGUUCACCUGUCUGGAUCCUGACGGCAGUAGUCUGUUCGACUCUAUGGCCAGCGGCAUGCGGCUCAUCGUCAGCUGCAUCUCGUCCUUCCUCAUCCUCUCUCUGUUGCUCUUCAUGGUGCACAGACUGAGACAGCGGAGACGAGAACGCAUCGAGACCCUCAUCGGAGGCAACCUGCAUCAUUUUAAUUUGGGACGGAGGGUCCCCGGCUUUGACUACGGGCCGGAUGUGUUUGGGACAGGCCUGACGCCGCUGCACCUCUCGGAUGACGGCGAGGGAGGUGCGUUCCACUUCCAGGAGCCCCCGCCCCCUUACGCUGCCUACAAGUAUCCGGAUAUCCACCACCCUGAUGAUCCUCCACCACCAUAUGAGGCCUCCAUCAAUCCAGACAGCAUCCUUUAUAUGGACCUCGGUCGGAGCGGGGUUCCUCUGGCCGCCUUGCACAUGAACACCGCAGCCGAAUCUCUCCAGAGGGUGUACCCAGAGCAGGCUCCGCCCCCACCGCCGCCCCUGGAGGAGCGUGAAGAUUCCAUCGACAGCAGCACGCUCCUCGUGUCUCCAGACACCCCUGGCGAAUCCGAGAACAGCAUCACUCAGAGCUCCAGCAUGGACUGCAGCACCGGGCCCUCACUCAGCACUGUGGUAUAGGCCAAGAGAAACAAAGGAGAACAUGUGCUUCCUGGGACUGAUGCAUUUACCGCGGAUGAUGAUUUUGGAGGAUUUGAGAAUGUUUUUGGGUACAGAGCGAGGACUACAAAGCAAGGACGAUCGUUUUCAUUUUACUUUCGCUUGAGCAUCACUACUUGUAAAUACUUCCCUGAGUUCUCAGUUGCGUCACGUCAUGAACGGUGGGAGAGGCGACAGACCACCGUCUCUGUGGCUUACACUGGCACGCUUCAUUCACCACAACUGCUCGAUAAACCGGCUGUAAUGAAGACCAGAGCGUCUCUCACUGGAACGGUGACUGUUUUCUGAAAGGAAGCAGGCGAUUUUCUGUGACUGUACUGCUCGGUCCAAACGGUCCCUCCUGAAUCCUGUCUGUUCCUCCGUGCACGUGCAGGAGAAAGAUCCGUUUGGAGACGAGCAAUACCACGUCUUCAUUUGGAUUUCUGUGAUGUCUUUCAUUACCAUAGCACAAAUUCAAAUACGACAAAAAAAGUUGUUAGAUUCUGUCAACGUUGCAAUAGAUUAAGGUACGAAUUUGUUUCCGCCUUGUGAUUUGGGACUAAAAUAUCCUGCUGUGAUGUGACGAUGAAAAUUCAUCGACUGGUUUUUGGAUCGUCACACUACCUUGAAGCUUUUGGGCUUCUUUUGGGAGGGUCAUUGAUUUAGCUUGAUUUAAGUUGAUGUCAUGACCAGUUGUGUGGGUUACAUUUCAACCUAAAAUCCAUUUGAGAAAAUAAGACGUUAUAUUUUGGAUAAAGGAAAUAAAGCCUUUUAAGAAGCUUUUUUAGGGAGCGUGUGUAAAUAGUACAUUUGUAAAGUACUAACGCAAGACACGGUGGUACUAUUUGUUGUGCUAAAUGUAAUGUCUGCUUAUUUGAAUUGAAAAGGGAGAGUUUUUAUUACUCUACUUCGGUAAUACGAAUUGGGAUUCAUUAUUUUUCUUUAUGGACAACGUAACUUGUUUUCUUUUGAUUUUGGCACGGAAUGGGACCUAUGAGAUUCGCCCAAAACUGACUUGACUUUUGUAUUCAGAAUGUAUAACGUCAAAAAGGAAUUUUGGAAUAUUCUCCGAACAAAACAAUGUGCAGAUCUUAGUGUUAGGAAAAUGCAUUUCUUAAGAUCCUGAGUUUGGAUUUAAGUGUUUAGAAUGAGGAUGUUUGGAUUGAUGGUCUGCGUCUGCGUGUUAUGUGUUUAUGGUUAUUUUUACCAGUCGAACAGCUCUUCUCUCUAUAUUGCUUUGAUGUAAAUUAAAAAAAUGAGUAAACUAUUUGUUACUUGACACAAUGUUAAUGUGAGCAUCUGUUUGCACACAUGAGCAUAUAAAUGUAUGUAUAAACAAAACACUCUUUGUUAUUUACAGAUUUUUAGACUAGUUGUUGGACUGUGCAUUUUCAGUGACAAUGUUAUGAAUUUAAGGGAUUGAUGGGUUUCAAAUAUCUACUUGGUUUGCAUUGUUGCUCUCUGAGAUUAACACCUCUGUUUUUAUUGUUUUUUUUACGUUAAUGGGAACAUGCAAAAUAUCUCACACUGGUUACUCAUGAAAAGCCCCGAAAUGACAAUCAGGAUCCUCAUCAAAGUCACACAGCCCUGUUUUGGGCGCAAAGUACAAAGACAAAAAUAUGAAAUUGCCCGAAGAUUUACUAGUUAUUUAUUGUUCAUGUAAAGCGCCCAUCACCAAAACAAAAGAGUAUGUGAAAGUAUAAGCCAGGUAAAUGUUUAUGUAGUGUUUUUCCGGCAUUAAUGUCCAGGGUCUCAUGGGCACAGACAAUCCUGUGAACAACAGUUUGUCAUUCAUCAUUCCUGUGUAUGUUUGGAUUCGAUCAGUUGGGUGUGUGUUCUUUUCAAAUUGGCGUAAAUGUUUCGCAAACCCGUGCUUGCAUGUUUUUCUCUAUAUUGAGCAUGCAAGGAGACGUCUCUUCUGGUGUACUCCAGCUAUGCUAACAUGACUCGAAACCCACCCGAUUCCUCUUUCCCACCUCACGGUUACUGCAUUACCUUUUUUAAAAUAGAUCAUUUCUUCUAGAUAGAUUUUGUGGUGCAACAAACAAAGCAUCAUAUUUUAUGUAGAAUGCAACGGUUGUUGAAUUUGUCAAAUUUCUUGUUUUUUUAUGUCACGUACUGCUCUUUUGUCAAAGGGCUUUGUUUUCUUCUGAAGUAGAUGUUCAUCUAAUCAAAUGCCAAAUAAAUUGUACCAUGAA